CGGCGCAAUCGACUCCAAUCCAACACUCUCCAACUAUCGAUCAUGUCUUCGAGGGAGCACCUUAAAUGUUUCCCUAUUGCCACCGAUCGACACCAUAAAGCCUUGGAACGGUAUAACGAUGCAUUCCGAAUUCACGGUCCAGUCUGUGCUGCAAAACGUUAAGAAGUGGAGUCACAACUUGAUCGUACGUAUUUUCAUUCCUUGCUGACAACUCCUAGUUCUAUUGCUGGCCAAGGUGACUGACGUCGUUAUUGCGUGACUUUUUCUACUAGGAACAUGCUUACAUUGUUCUUGCUAAAAUGGUUACUGGCUGGGUGUUGUAGACUGAGACACUGCCCAGCAUCAUUAUCAGCGCACCUUGACCCCACGAUUAUUGACAAGCCUGCAUCGAGCGACUCUCCAUCGCUUUACACUGCCGUCCACUGCCGCCCAACGAUGAUAGCAACGAUAAACGAUCUGCAGCUGCAUCACCUCUUAACUAGUUAUCACGUCCCGGACUGUUCACGUGUAUGCGCCAGGCACUUGUGCUCUAGAUGCGCCUGGUGCUCUGCGAAUAUUGUAGCUGUAGCCAGACGUACCGUUGCGUUCGGGGCCGCUUACGCGUAUAGAUCUCGCCAUGUCCGAAAUCCGAAGUUCGGUCAUACCUGUUUGAGACCUUGGCUUUCACACUGUUGAGGUUGUUAACUUCGAUGAGCUAAGUUCGGCCAUGUAAAGUCAGACAAAAA